AUGCCAAGUGCAAUGCCCUCUGGCUCCAGCUCCAGCCCUUCGGUCGUGGAGGUCCAGGCCAGCUCCCUGCAGUCGGGCCAGCCCCCCCCACCCCCCACCCCCUCGGGUACAGACCGCUGGAUCCUGCAGUGGCGCAACGCCAGCUCCGAGGCAGCCGCGGCAGCCUGCGCCGCCAGCGACUGCGGCCUGCGCUUCUCGCGCUCGGUGGGCGGCGACGCCGACCAGCUGGCGGCCGGCGCCGAGUCGCGGGCGGGGCGGUGGGGCCUGGACCGUGUGGACCAGUCCGCGCUGCCCCUGGACGGGCUCUACCACUACGCGGACGACGCGGCCACGGUCACCGUGUACGUCGUGGACACCGGCAUCCUGGCCAGCCACGAGGAGUUCCGGUCCUCGAGCGGCAACUCCACCAGCCGCGCGGCGGAGGCGUACACCACGCUCUCCUCCGGUACCCCGGGCUCGGACUGUCAGGGCCACGGCACGCACGUGGCGGGCGUGGUGGGCGGGCUCUCCUACGGCGUGGCGAAAGGUGUCGCGCUGAGGGCGGUGCGCAUGCUGGACUGCCAGGGGCAGGGACUGGUGUCCGAUGCGGUGGCCGCGCUGGACUGGCUGGCCGACAACGCGGCGCGCCCCGCGGUGGUCACGUUGUCGCUGUCCGGGGUGGAAAGCGUGGCGCUGGACCAAGCGGUGGCCGCCGCCGUGGCCGCGGGGCUGCACGUUGUCGCCGCGGCCGGCAAUGGCGACGUCGACGCCUGCAGCGUCAGCCCCGGGCGCGCCACCGCCGCGCUCAUCGUCGGCGCCUCCGACGAGCGCGACCGCCGCCUGUACGCCGGCGACGGCGUGGCGAGCAACUACGGCGCCUGCGUCGACCUGUUUGCGCCGGGGUCAAACAUCCAGAGCGCGGGCAUCACCUCGGACACCGCGUCGGCGUACCGGUCGGGCACGAGCCAGGCGGUGCCCUUUGUGGCGGGGGCGGCGGCGCUGGUGCUGCAGGACCAGCCCAGCCUGGCCCCCGCCGCGGUGGCCUCGCUGCUGCGGGACGGCGCCACGACGGGGAUAUCCACCAUGGCCAAGGUCAAGCUCGGAAUCAACGGCUUCGGCCGCAUCGGACGUCUGGUGGCCCGCGCCGCGCUGCAGAGCGACAAGGUUGAGAUCGUGGCCUACAACGAUCCCUUCAUCCAUGGCGAGUACGCCGCCUACAUGCUGAAGUACGACUCCGUGCACGGCGUGCUGGAGGGCGACAUCGUCGGCUCUGAGGAUGGCAUCUCCGUCAACGGCAAGAUGAUCCGCGGCUUCGACAAGAUGAAGGCGGAGGAGAUCCCCUGGGGCGAGGCCGGCGUGGACAUCGUCUGCGAGUCCACCGGCGUCUUCACCGACGUGGCCAAGGCCGGCGCGCAUCUGAAGGGCGGCGCCAAGCGCGUGGUCAUCUCCGCUCCCUCCCCCGACGCGCCCAUGUACGUGAUGGGCGUCAACCACACCGAGUUCGACGCGGCCAACGACACCGUGGUGUCCAACGCCUCCUGCACCACCAACUGCCUGGCCCCCCUGGCCAAGGUCAUCCACGACAAGUUUGGCAUCAAGGAGGGGCUGAUGACCACGGUGCAUGCCACCACCGCCACCCAGAAGACGGUGGACGGGCCGUCCAAGAAGGACUGGCGCGGCGGGCGUGCGGUGGGGAACAACAUCAUCCCCUCCUCCACCGGCGCCGCCAAGGCCGUGGGCAAGGUGCUGCCCGCGCUCAACGGCAAGCUGACGGGCAUGGCCUUCCGCGUGCCCACCCUGGACGUCUCCGUGGUCGACCUGACCGUGGUGCUGGAGAAGCCGGCCAAGUAUGCCGACAUCCUGGCCGCGCUGAAGGCUGCCUCCGAGGGCGAGCUGAAGGGUAUCCUGGGGUACACCGAGGACGCGGUGGUGUCCUCCGACUUCAUCGGCAACCCGCUGUCCUCCAUCGUGGACGCGCAGGCGGGUAUCCAGCUCAACGAUACCUUUGUCAAGAUCGUGUCCUGGUACGACAACGAGUGGGGCUACUCCAACCGCCUGGUCGACCUCGUCGCACACAUUGGCGCCUGA